AGUGUGGGAGUCCUGCAUGAAGGUACCAUCAGGUCCACAUUCUCCUGCGCUACAGGUCUUAUCCAGUCAGCAGUCAUGAAAUUCUCCCUCAUCGUCGCCGUCGUCGUGCUCGCUCUGGCACAAGGAAGCUUCGCUCAGGAUUCCAGCGAUCUUGAGAGGUUCGCUCAGUACUUUGAGGAAAUGAAGACCAAAAUGACUGAGAUGAUUGGGAACCAAGAUCUGACAAACCAGGCCGACAACUUCAGGAGGACCCAGCUGGAGCCUCUGGCCGCUCAGGUGCAGGAACAGCUGAAGAGCGUUGCCACCAACGUCGAGGAGCAGGUAAAGCCCCUGACCGCCAACAUCCAGGCCCAGCUUCAGCCCAUGCUGGUGGACUUCAAGAAGCAGAUGGAGGACAUCCUCCAGAAGCUGACAGAGCAAGGCAGAGCCAUCGCCAACUAAAUCAGCCGUUCUUCCAAAAGACUCAAACGUGCCACCGCAAAGCCAUCUUCCGUCGUGGACCGAGUUAAUGGAGCUCCGUGUGUCUGAAGGCUGGCCUGUGUUCAGGGAGCCUAAAAUGUGUUUCAGUGCUUGUUGACGUUAAAAUCUCUGCCACACAGCACAAUAAAAAAUAAAGAAACAUGGAACACAA